CUAGAAAAUUUAGCUUUAGAAACUUUUAUUUUUUUUUAAAUGAAACAAAAGCGGGCCCCAGAGGUCGAGACAGCCUCUAAAAAAAAGUCUCCAUUAAGAGGUGUGCAAAAAUAUUGUAGUUGUAAUAUUAGAAAGGCAACUCGGUGCGUAGAGGAUCCGAUUCGUAGAAAACUUAAAACCGUUGUCCAAAGUCCUCAAAAUAAAGUUAGAAAGUUAGAUCUCUGCUCAGAAGAGGCCAUCCUCAAUUUGCAAAAUACAAAAAUUUAUGGCACUUCUCAGAAUAAGUUAAAGAGAUUGGCGGGUAAAACACGAAAGAAAAAGAAUGAGGGUGCUUAUAAGGCUGCCGCUCGUGCUAUAAUGGAUAUGGAUGUAAAAGUGAAAAUAGAUGAUGUAAAACGUGUUCUAAGUAAAAAACUAAUAAGUGACGAAGCCAACCGCAUUAAGAAGGAUAAAAGCAAUACUCUUACUGCUUGUGGAACGGUUUACCCAACUACAUCAAGAGUUGAUCGGAAAACAGCAAAAGGAAAACUGAAUUUGAAUGGUGAGCUAAAUAUUAAAACUGAUCAAGGUAAACCAAAAGCGGUUAAAAGCAAUCAUCUUAAAUCUGUUGUCCGUACUGAUCCUAAAUUAAACACAAUCUUAAGUAGGGAUAACAUCAUAAAGAAUCAGUUACCACCAAUUCGGGUCAUGCUAAACGCGGUGGUCAAAACUGCGAGGAAAGAAUGUGUAAAAUUACUUUCUUUUUACAAAAUUAAGCAAUUUUUCUUUAAAGAAUAUGGUCUAAACAAGGAACAAGUUAGUCAAAAUAAAGAUUCAAUAAGAACAUGUCUAAAGCAAUUGGAGGAAAAUGGAGAGAUUAUAAGACUUACAGGGAGGGGAUUGGUGGGAAGUUUUACUUUUUAUAAGAAACCGAGACGUCCGCGCCGGGCUAAUGCUCAAAGAAAGAACUACAUUGAAUAACGAUUCGUAGUGACUAGAAUGGGGAUGCAAUCAUAACAACAAAAUUGGGAGCAUUUUAGCUAAAUAUUGGCGAUAUUUAGCUAUAUCUCAUACAUAUAUUUCGAUAAAGUAUUUCGGCGUAUUUUUUUUUAUAAAACAUUUCGGCAUAUUUUUUUUAUAAAAAAAUAUUUCGGCAUAUUUUUUUUAUAA